AACUGAAAGUGCUGUGCUCUGGGCGCUCCGCGGAGACUGGUUUACGUUCACCUGCGCGAGCCCCCACCGACCCGGGUGGCAAGCCAAAAGAGCAGUGAGACAUGAACGGAAGAGUGGAUUAUUUGGUCACUGAGGAGGAAAUCAAUCUUACCAGAGGACCCUCGGGGCUGGGCUUCAACAUCGUCGGUGGCACAGAUCAGCAGUAUGUCUCCAACGACAGUGGCAUCUACGUCAGCCGCAUCAAAGAGGAUGGGGCUGCGGCCCUGGAUGGGCGGCUCCAGGAGGGUGAUAAGAUCCUCUCGGUAAAUGGCCAAGACCUAAGGAACUUGCUGCACCAGGAUGCUGUAGACCUUUUUCGUAAUGCAGGCUAUGCUGUGUCCCUAAGAGUGCAGCACAGGUUACAGGUGCAGAAUGGGCCUCUAGGACAUCGAAGUGAAGGGGAGCCGAGUGGCAUCCCCAUAGCUCUGGUGCUGGUGCCAGCGUUUGCCCUCACCAUGGUGGCAGCCUGGGCCUUCGUGAGAUACCGGCAGCAACUAUGAAAAGCUUGCUCUCUUCCAGUGCUCCCACUAGAAGACACGUUUUCUUUCCCUCUCACCCUCGUCCCCUGCCAUUCUCCCAUAUCCUUCCCUCUCUCUGCAUAGCCAACACGUCCUUGAAAGAGACUGCUACCCAAGCAGGACCUCACUGUCCAAAUGUCCACAUCCUCAUAUCUAAUGGGAGAGUGAAGGCAUUGUUUGAAAGAAAGCUGAAGAAAAGACAUGCUUAGAACAAAUGGGGAGUUAGGUAUUUUGCUCGGAUCACCAACAGAAGUUCAGCUACCACCCAAAGAGGGAAAGGUCCGGUCUUUCCAUCAGCACGGUGAUACCUUUUUCUGAGCUGGCAUGCCUCAAAGGCCAGCUGUGUGAUGCAAGAGAAGAGAGGAUUUUUCUUCUUAAUGAUCUUCCUUGGGAAGUUUUUGUGGCCUUUAUUUAAUUUCUAUCUACAUACUUGGGUGCCUAUAUCAAACACAGGAUAAUGAGAGCCUUUUUACUUUUAUAAAACAAAUGCGUGCGCACACACACACACACACAUAUCCAUACAUGACAGUAUAAUAGUGAUGCCUUACGGAGAAUUAAAGAAGUGGAAAGCUGCUCUGUGGUUUCAGGUUUCUGAUAAAAGGGAAGUUCUUAAUGGAAAAAUUUGAUACAUAGCAGGAGUGAGAGAAUGAGCCUUGAAAGAGGAUGCCCAAUCUGAGUCAUUUAAAAAAAAAAAAAAGCAACUAAUUAAAAAUCUUAGAAUAAUAUUUCUUCUCAUAAUAGCUAUGCUGAAGUGGAGGUAAAAUGCCAUAAUCCAGCUUUGUGCAAGUUGAUCUGUUCCACACCCUUUGAGACGUAAAGAUAAAUCUUACUCGUUCUCUGGGCUGCCCCAGUGACUUUUUUGGUACCUCAUAGUCCUGUUAAAGGAUCAGCUGGAAUGACUGUGGUCAGAGCUUUGGUGAUGAGGCCAGACCAACCCAGUGAAAGAACUCUAAAAUACAAAGGAUAAUGACCCCAAGGUGACACCUGAACCCUCUCAGGCCAUCGAACAGAUUUUUUUGGUUUCUAGUGAUAGGCAAAUUCUAAGAGAAGGACCUGCUCUCUGGCAGGAGGAUGUUUCAUGGGGAAACCUUGAGAGAAGGCUAUGGAUGAAUGGAUGCUCAGGAAUACCAAAGACAUUAAUGAGGUGCAAACCAUUCUGUUCGUGUGAUAUCGAACGUUGGUUUUAAAACACUAAGGAGAGCUGAACCAAGACUAAUUCUCUGGCUUAAAAAAAAAAUCAUUUCCGUCCUCCAAAUAUAUUAUCUAGACUAUAGGCCUUACAUAAUCCUGACAGCAUGAGUAUGAAGACUUUCCCUGAGGUAACCAGUUGUGUCCAGUUUUUAGCAUGGAUAAUCCAGUAAGUAUUUGUUGAUUGGACACCACCUUAGUUAAGACACUUUCACAAAGAAUGUCACAUUUAUAUUGCAGACAGCAACAGGGAACAGUUACUGAGAAGACACUUGAGGAAGUUCCAUGGAGGAAGGGGAUGAAUUAAGGACCCUUGAGGAGCUCACAGUCUAGUUAAGAGAAUUCAUAAAUAGAUGAGCAGUUAAAAGUAGCAACAGACAUGUGCAGGUAGCCAUCACAUUUUUUCCCCCAGGAAUUCCAAAAAAGAAAGCUGUCACAUAAUGGCAUCAGGCCAGAGUGGGAAGGGGAGGCUUUUAAAAAUAAAAACCCUCGUAAGACCUUGCCUCUGGGCCAACCAUUGGUAUAGGGAGAAACUUGCUUUAAACAGUCCUGAUAGGACUUGGGCCUUUAGACCUGAAGUGUUCAGUACCUUUGAGCCUCACUUGGACGGCUGCCCCUGUGGGUCAGCAAAGACGCACUGACAGUAUUCCAGUUCUCCCCUCGACCAGCCCCGCUGUGCGGGCCCAAGCCAUGCCGCCCUCCCUGCGUCUGGAGGCUUAUGCGACAGCUUCUGCCGUGGGCCUGCUUCCCUCCCAGGGUUCAUCUCAGGGUUUGGACAUCAGCUCCUGAGAGGACCUUGAGACGUUCACAAUGAAGCAAAUGGCAAGCAGGAGGGAAAGCUAUCUAGUGUUUUUUUGUUUGUUGGUAGAUGUAAAUAAAAAGGACUCCUAUCACCUCGUCGGUAGAAGUUUUGCUUUGUUUAAUGAUAGGGAUUCUUAUGCACUUUAAUAAUUUAGAUUUUCCCUGGAAUUAAAGAGCAUUUAAAGAUCCAUGAGUAAAGUUUUAGACAAGUAUACUAUUCAGUUUUUAUUUCUGAUUCUCUAGAAAACUAAAUUAUUAUCCUAGAUGAGGUAUCAGAUUUUAUUGUAAGUCAUUAA